UAACCUAGUGUAUCAAGUUGUUGUUAUAUCUACACAAGAAGAAACAAACAAAUGAAAAGUCAAGUAGUCGAAUACAACGAAUGGCGACGAAGGACGAGAUAUUUACACGGGGUCAUGAGCUGUAUAUGAGACAUAUUUCGCUUUUGGGUAAAGCUGUACCGUUAGCUUUAAAGUCUGUGAUAAGAAAGAUAGAAGCAAAACACGGAAAGACACUUGAUUCUAUUCUUAAAGAAAAGAAAGAUACUAUCAAAAUAUUUUACUACGACUUGUUUAAAGCAUUGUUUAAAGAAGAUGAAGACAGUGUUAAUACUCAGAUAGAGUCAUGGGAGUUGUCUACACUUUGCUGUGUGAUUUCUUUCGUUUUAUCAGAAAACUCAAAACUCGACUGCGUCAACUGCAUUUCUGACCAACUAAGAGAUGUAGAAAAGUACACUCAUUUUGCCUCAUUAGAAUACAGUACAUAUAAGCAGAAAUGGGAGUCGCUUCGUGAAUCUUUGCUUGAGCUUGUCAAGGGAAGUGAAGCCGAAUAUGAAUGCAAACGGUUAAUUCAUUCGUACGAUGAGUCGGAAGCGAUCAUAGUUAGUAAUGAGGUCAUCAAAGAGCUUAAACGAACGGAGGAUGUCAAUAAGCAUAUACAUGUAGCCAUAAAUAGCGAAUUUGCUUUAGAUGGUCAGAACGAAACGAAAGAUGAUCCGACAGGGGGCAAGUUAGAAUACAAUGAUAUAGCAGAACAGAAAACAAAGUUCAUCCAGCCACUAUCCGACAUAUUUGUGCAUGAAGAAGAAUCAUUAGUUCUCUCUUGUGAGUUAAACAUAGCUGGAAGUCAAGCUGAGUGGCGGAAAAAUGGUGAACCGCUUCUUGAAACGAAAACUGUCAAGGUUCUUGCAGAUAAAGGCCAUCAAUGGUUGGUGUUUGCAAGAGCAAUUCCAGAAGAUACUGGCAAAUACUCAUGUAUCUGCAAUAAUGUUUCGACGUCAGCUUUCAUUAAAGUCUCAAAAUAAGAGUUUAUGGUGGAAAAGGCUUUACAUAUAGAUGUUGACGGACAGAUCAAGGAAAAUAUGGAUAUAUCUCUUGUUUGCACUGUUAACGCACACACUAAGAAGCCACAGUGGUUCCAUAACAACAAUGAAAUCACACAAUCGUCUCGAGUAGUUGCCGUUUCACAAGGUCUGGAGCAUAAACUUA